AUGCCUGAAUGGGGAAGAAAGGAUAGUCUAUGCCAGGAUGUGCAGCAGGUUUUUUCGUCUUUGAUACCUCCACCGGCCGAACGACAAGGAAACCAGCCGUUACAGGGCCAGCUAGGCGUAUCCAAACUGCGUCUAAUGCAGACAAACAAGAGCGCUGGUGUUACAUGGCGAGUAAAACUAGGCCGACAGCUUUUACAGCAUAUCCGACACAUCAGGCGGAGCGACAGGUCAGACUAUCAUGUACGAAGUGGUCGGAACUCAAUUUGUUACAUGGAUGGCGAGAGCUGGGAUGGUUCCGGAGGCAUGGAUGAGUUGGAAGAGGCUGCAGCAGUGUGUGUGGAGACCAGACCACUUGUCCUUUCUCAAGAGAACCACCCAGGUACGACAGUAGGCGGAUGA